AAUGUAAUUGUGUACAAAAUGGCGAGCAGCAGAGGUAGAAGUCGGUGGGACGAUCGGGAUGAUCACAGAAGUGAGCGGUCAGUGUGUUUGCCAUUGACCUAGGCACUGGCACUACUGCGGUAGCGCCAGGCAGCCGUGGCGACGUUGAUGACUUGGCCGGAGCCGAUAGUGAGAAGCGAAAGAUCGAAGACGUGUCCGGGGCCGCCGGAGACGGCGCCGUCCAGAAGCUCCCCAAGACCACAAUGGGCUUCUCGCGGACCUUCGGCUCCAUCAAGCCGAUGGAAGAGAAGAAGGCAGCCGUGGCGCCCAUCUCCAUCAGGCUGGGAGCGCAGAAAACCAAAGAUCCAGCCCCAGUCAUGAAAGCUGCCAGCAUGUCUGUUGCGGAGGCCUUCAACCAAAGUAGUGAUGAAGAGGAAGAGAUGCCACCAGAAGCAAAGAUGCGUAUGAGGAACAUUGGCAGGGACACGCCAACUUCAGCAGGACCCAACUCGUUCGGCAAGACACGCAAGGGAUUCUGCGAUGUCAAGAAAGUGUUUGAGAGAGAUCUGAAAAGCAAACUGGAUGAUGCCUCUGAAUGAACAUUUCCGCCUAGCAACUCUGCCUGUUGCUCUCCCAUAACUUCAUUCUUCCUUGUUACAAAGCGUUGCUAUAAAGACGAUGUGCCUGGCAUCCUUGGCUUGCUCUGAA